AUGAUGCUCGAGAACUCCAAAGAAAUGACAAUAAAUGAGGAUGUCGAAAAAGAGAUAUAUGAAUGCUUCUCUCUGUUCGAUACAAACAAAUGCGGUUAUAUCGAUAUUCGCGAAUUUUACUUUGCCCUUAAGUCGCUUGGACUGAAUUUCAAAAAAGAGGAAGUAAAGAAUCUCUUUCUCCAAGUGAAGAAAAACAUCGAUGAUAAAUUAAAUUUCGAUGAAUUUUUCGAAAUCGCAACGAAACAUAUUCAUAAGAGAUACACUGAGGAGGAAAUGGACAACAUGUUUGCGCUCUUCGACCCUAAUGAUACAGGAAAAAUAACACUAACAUCUUUGCGAAACGUUUGUGCCGAAAUAGGGGAACACAUCGACGAGGCGGAAUUGAACCACAUGAUUGAGUUUGCCGACAGAAACAACGACAAGGUUAUCGACAAGGAGGAAUUCAAGAGAGUCCUCCUAAGUGCAUGGAAAAACGACCCGCUCAGUGACGUAGACUCGGAUUAG